AUGGUGGACGCGACGCCGACGCCCGUGAUGGUGUGCGGCGUCGGUGGGAAGAUGGGACGCGCCACGGCGUCGGCGGUCGUGCGCAGGGAUGGGUUCGAGCUGAUUCCGACGGCGUUGGGGAAAGGGCGCGCGGGGGUCGUCGACGUCGACGGCGUCGCGGUGACGGUGAUCGAUGUGGACGCGGAAGACGGGGAAGCGGUGUUGAAGAAGGCGAUGGAGACGUAUCCUGGGUUGAUUGUCGUCGAUUACACGCUUCCGGAGAGCGUGAACGCGAAUGGGGAGCUGUACGUAAAGUGCGGCGUACCGUUCGUCAUGGGCACGACGGGCGGCGAUCGGGACGCGCUUUUGAGAGAGGUCAAGGCGAGUGGGAACUACGCCGUGAUCGCGCCGCAGAUGGGGAAGCAGGUGGUGGCGUUUCAGGCGGCGAUGAAACUCAUGGCGGAGCAGUUUCCCGGGGCGUUCGCGGGGUACACGCUCACCGUGACGGAGUCGCACCAGAGCAGUAAAAAGGACACGAGCGGCACGGCGAAGGCCAUCGUGGCCUCGUUCAACGAUCUCGGGUGCGAUUUUGACGUGAGUCAGAUCGAGCUCGUGCGGGACGUGGAGAACCAAACCGGUCGCAUGGGGGUUCCGGAGGAACACUUGCUCGGACACGCGUUUCACACGUACCGCCUCACGAGCGCCGACGGCACGGUUUCUUUUGAGUUUCAACACAACGUGUGCGGGCGAAGCAUCUACGCGGAAGGCACCGUCGACGCGGUCGGGUUCCUCAAGCGCAAGGUUGACGCCAAGGACUCGAAGACGCUGUACGACAUGAUCGACGUCUUGAAGGAGGGCGCGAUGAACUGA